CAUCUUUCCUUCGUCAUGGCAACUCAAAGAUUUUACGCCAUAAUUGCUAUAGGAAUGAURUACUUAAUAAUUGCAGCAGGGGCUCGUAAACACAAAUCAAAAUGGCGCACACUUGGUUGUUACAAAGAAAAAGCUAAUGAUCGUGUUUUCAAGUAUUUCCUUGGCUACGUCCGUACUACAAAUUAUCGUCGCAUUUUUAAAACUUGCAGAAAAAGGGCGGAACGCCGAAAGUUGGACUACUUUGGAAUCCACAACAAGCGCGAAUGCUGGGGAUCUGAUGAUGAUGGAUAUGAUAAAUACGGUUGUGCGAACGACUGUGCUAGAAGCUGSAAGGGUGGAUUUGGAGUCGGAGGGGUCAAUUCGAAUUUUGUGUAUUACAAAAUGCCAAAUUGGUCUCCAUGUAAAUGUGGGGCACGUAUGCAGUACAAAUUGGGUUUGGAGCCAGACGAAGGACCUAGCUGCACACUACUACAUAGAAAAGUUUAUCGAAAAUCGCACCCGAGCAAACAGUGUUUAAAAGUAACAAAACCAUGUCCAGUUAAUGGAGGAUGGUCUAAAUAUGGACCAUGGACAGCAUGUAAUCGUAUUUGUGGAGAAAAUGGUCAGCAAAAAAGUAUUCGAACCUGCACCAACCCAGAGCCGGCGUAUGGUGGAAAGRAUUGUUCUGGUAGUUUCCAACCAAAACUUCUCAGCUGUAACUCUGUUAACUGCCCAAAGCGGUGCAGCUACGACGGGGUUCUGGUGCAGCUCUUGAAUAUUCUAGACCCUACAUCAAGCAUUGCAAUCAACAACCACCUUAUAACGGCUUUUUCACAAGUAAUGGAAGCUAAAGAUAGAGCUAGUUCUUUGUCUGGUCCAUACCCUAGCAGUGAUUUCCUGAUUAAUAAGACUAAAGAUGCACUUCUGUACCGCAAUACAUACAGUAAUGUCAAUCGGGCUAGAACUCUGCUGGGGGUACUCCUUGCUAGACAGAAAGAUUGCAAGUAUGGGAAAGUWGCUCAAGAUCUUAAAGAUGAAAUCGGCGAUAAAGGAUUCAAAAAACUGCUUAACGUGGAUGGCAAAGUUACCUUAACUUUUGUCAUGGACAUCAGUGGGAAAAUGAAGACAGAAAUCAAAAGAUCUACAGAGAUUGCUAGAACCAUUGCUGAAUACAAACACAUCUCCGAUGUCGACUAUGUCUUGUCCACGUUCUCGGAAGAUUACAGUGGUAGUCUUAUUGGUGAAGUUCGCUCUUUUGAGAAACUCAAUGAAUUCAUAAAAGCUCUUGACAAUCUCGCUAAUGGGGUGUAUCACGCAGAGAAAAAAAAGAACUGUCAUCARCCAACUUACGCGGGAAUCAUCAAAGGGAUCACCAAAGGCCAUCCAAAACAUGGCUCUCCUAUAUACGUAUUCACAAACGCUCCCCCAAAGCCAUUUGGAAAGUUUACCAAGGAGAACGCCAUAUAUAAUGCACAGAUCAAUAAGAUGCCUGUGAGUUUUUUCCUGUCCAAGCAAUAUUCCUGUCGUAAAACGAAAUCCUAUUACAAGGUAAUCGCAAGGGCUACCGGAGGCUUUAUUCUGACUUUCAAAAGGUCAACCAUGAAGAAUAUAGAGCGAAUGAUCAAGAGUAGUCUUGAAGGCACUUCUCCAGUCACYAGCGGACGUGUUAAAAAUAAAAAGAAAUACAGACAAAAGAUCCCCGUGAGUAAUGGCGAGUUUGAUGUCGACGAUAUUGCAGAGGAGGGAACCCUUGAAGUUGAGGCUGAGGGUGAUGCGCAAGUGAAACUCUUUAAUCCAAAAAAGGUCCAAAUGCAUCAUGAAAAGAGAAGUGGUGAUAGCCUAAUAUGGACAAUUCUAAGACCCUUAAAAGGAAAAUGGAAAUUCAAAUCUCAGUCUUCUAAAAAAAUAAAAUUUCAGGUUAACUCGUAUACAAAGCUGAACAUCAAGUUCGAACUGAUGUUUAUGAGAGGAAAUGUGAUUCAAAGUCAUCCUCUUAUAGGAAAGAUAGCCAAAGUAAAAAUUCGAAUCCCGAACAUAACUCGACUGGACAGGAAUACCCUUUCUUUUCCCGAUGAAUGGGUACGUAAAUCUAGUUAUGAUGAUGAUUCCUACAUUUACGAAUCCAAGGCACCCCUCAAAAGCGAUAGCUUCACGAUAACAAUGAGAGGCAAAACCUUGUCAAAGUCUGAUUUCACGAGGGAAUYAGUUGUCAUUCAACCCAAGAUUGCAGCCAUUAGUUCCGGAAUGCCAUCUCCUUGGGCCACCAAAUAUUACGAGAGGGAAAUGUUUACGUAUGAAGCCCUUGUUGACUAUACCGGGAUGACGCCAAAAAGUUUUAGAUAUCGAAUCAGAAUUAGUCCAGAAGACGACGACAUCGACGACGGCGAUGACCAGGAUGACGACGACCAGCACGGCUACGAUGUUACAACACUAUACCACGGCGAGAAUAAAAUCCAACAGAAACUGAUUGUACCAUCCUGCAAGUCGUUUCGUGUGAAGGUCAUACUUAAGAGUAACGAACGUCGAGGCAAAUACGUGGAGAUUAACUUUGAGGACAUUUCCUUUGACGUCGAAUGAAGUGACGAUUAAGUCUUGAUCUAGAUUAUAUAGAAAUAGAUACUAAAGAAGACCGCGAACAUUAAACGGAAAAUCAAACUCGCUUGUUUCUAUCAUU